CAGAGUUCCAGUCGAGGGACACGGUCCUGUGAAGGAUGCCACCAGCGAAAGAUCCGUUGUGACCGUGGCAUGCCUUGCACAAACUGUUCAAAACAUGGCAUGACCUGCGUGUAUCACACAAGGGACCCUGACGCGGCACAGAAACCUCGUACUCUCCGAGACAUCUCCAACCGUCUGGAACGGCUGGAAAGCUUACUAUCGCUCUUGGUUGAGAGGAGCGAAGUCUCUACGGGAUUUUCAGCCCAUGGUGGCAGUGGUCGCGGUCGCGGUUGUGCUGAGCCCGAGAUUACAACCCAGGCUCAACCUAUUAGUGCCAAUACCAAUUCUAUCAGAACUAGUCGCCAACAACCAUCCGACCGGCCUUCAGACAAAUCGACAUGGGAGCUGUUAAUGAACAAUUCGACUAUCGAACCACUGUUACAAGAGGAAAGAAGCAAACCUACGCAACCUCCUGGCCUAGAAACAACAACUUCGCGCUUUAAGGCGAAUACAGCCUCGCAUCACAGACUUCCUACGCAGCUAGGUGCCUCUGCUCCACUAGAAAGGGAUUCUGAUCUGCUGGAUGUCUAUCCCGAUGCCCAACUUGCCCUCCGAUUAUGGAAUGUGUACGUCAGAUCGGUCGAUCCGGUCCUCAAGAUCUUGCACAUACCAACGAUCCAGUCUGCUGUUGUGGCCACGAUUCUGGACGCCCGGUCCGCACAGCCCUCCAUGGUGGCACUGACAUUUUCCAUCUACUAUGCCGCCGUCACGGCGCUUUGUCACCACGACUGCGACGAGCCCGUUGACCUAUCGUGGGAGAAGCCGGUCCUUCUGAAACGCUACCAGACAGCCUUGGACCGGCUUCUUGUGACGCCGGAUUUCAUGGGCCGACCUGAUGUGACGGGCCUGCAGGCUCUCUCAAUUUAUGUGACUUCCUCGCGCGCAAAUGAACUUGGCCGGCCAGUAUGGGUCCUUAACGGACUCGUGAUCCGGCUCGCCCAGUCGAUUGGCUUGCACCGAGACGGCGCCUCCCUCAAACUGAGUCUCUUUGAGUCGGAGAUGCGUCUUCGCCUCUGGUGGCAUCUUUGUGUGCUGGAAUCGCGUGCUUCGGAGGACCAAGGAUUUCAGCCCACGAUCGAUCUCACGAACCAGGGGCUGCGGCUGCCCUUGAAUGUGAACGACGACCAGAUCUAUCCAGACAUGACGCACUUUCCAGCAGAGUCGCGCGGCUGGACGGAGAUGUCCUUCUUCCUGAUCCAGAUCGAAUCCUGCCGCGUGAUCCAUCCAAUCCUCGACAGGCAACAGCAGCAUUCCGGCGAUGCUCUUCUUGAUAUCCGAGAAAAAAGAAAGACGAUCCACGAUCCAGUCCAAUACAUGGCAGAGAAAUAUGGCAUCGAGCCCGGGUCGAAAUCCGUGACACUGAUUAAUCUGCCGCGCAUUGCGAUGCAGCAUGUCACCACGGCCUGUAAAAAGAUGGAGUUCGUGCUGCAGCUUCGAGAGGAGAUUUCUAUAUCCAAGCAAAAAGAAGCGCAGGAUGACGAUGCGACGCCAGACGUGCUCAAGCCCUCGUUCAAGCUGGCCUGCGACGGCCUGGAGAGUAGUCAUGUGCUGCUGAAGGAGGGCCUUGCGUCGCGGUUCACAUGGCUCUUCAGCAUGUACACGCAGUGGUACGCGCUCGCCUACGUUCUGCGCUGCCUCUGCAGCAACCCGAGCCCUCGCGGGUUCGAGGCAGACCGCGCCUGGGCUCUGGUCGAGGGACUCUUCCCCCGCGGACCGAGUCUCCAGGGCCAUCCGGCGGCGGUCCAUGACGAGCACGGACACGGCAGGAUAUGGAAGUUUCUCAAUCAGCUUCGACAUCAGGCGUGGUCGCUGAGACAGCAAGCCCAGACAACAUCUACGGCCACCGCAGAUGUCGGGGUUCAGCCGUCCGGCGGUGGGAGGCACUGGGCUUGCCAGCGUUUUUCAGAUGCCGAGAUCCUCCCGCCCACAAUAGACCCGGGGACAUCUAUCGUCCCCGAGUGGGUUCCUGAGUUCACUGCUAGUUCCGACCAGAGCGUCUUUGCAUCUUUGGAUUUGUUGAUACCAGAGAUUCCUUUUUUACCAGAUUGGAAUGCGGUUAUUAAUGGC